AUGGGCGAAUUACUGUGCAACGAAAAUACAGCUGCUUUGUUAGCUUCAUAUAUCGUACAAUCUGACUGCGGGGAUUUCGAAGCGGAAGAUUAUCCAGAUGAUAGUUAUCUGUCGACUGCACGAUUUGUGCCUAAUCCAAGUAGCAAAUUUCAGCGGAAAGUUAUGGAAAAUCAUAUGCAAUUAAUAGGUAUGAAUCCUGGAGAAAGUGAUUUGGCACUACUAGAAACAGCUCGGCGUUGUGAUUACUAUGGCGUGAAAUUGCAUAGCGCGAAAGAUGUCGAGGGCACCGAGGUGUGUUUAACUGCUGCUCACUUGGGCAUUCGCGUGUUCCAUCAACUUCAGUGCGUUUCAACUUUUUCUUGGGCUAAAAUUCGCAAACUGUCAUUUAAACGUCGCAAAUUAUUAAUAAAACUGCAUCCAGAAAGCUAUCAAUAUUACAAAGAAACAAUCGAGUUUCUUUUUGAAAGUAGGAACGAAUGCAAGAAUUUUUGGAAGAAAUGCGUAGAACAUCACGCAUUCUUUCGCUGCGUUGAAGUGUUACCUGCAAAGAAAACACGUGAAGGACGUUUUUUCAGCAAGGGUUCCGCUUUUAGGUAUCACGGCAGGACACAGAAGCAGUUAAUUGAUUACGUAAGAGAGCAUCGAAAACGACGGGAGCCAUUCACAAGGCCAAUAAAAUCAGGUCUUUCUUCAUCAUCUAGUGGUCGACUAUCCAAGCCAGCAUUCUUCGACUUGAAUCAUCCUGGAUAUGCAACUGUAAGUGAACGAUCAGUGAAUCUAAUCGGCUCUGGAGCUUCAUCUUCUGCAACACUACUAACGAAACAUCAGAGUAUUGCUGGUAACGAGGAACUGCCCUUCAGUAAUGUGAGAUACAGAAAUGGUCGAGGUGAAGGUGAGCAAGCAAAGAAUGCAGCAGGUAUGGUGAGGAUGAGUUAUUUUCCUGGUGAGCUUGGCAGCAACCGUGAUACCAUCACCACCAGACCGCGUAAUCACCGUCACCGUAAUUCUCAUCAUUACUUUAAUAACAGUAGUGCAGCGGUGGUCAGCAGUGAACGAAUGUGUUUAAGUGACAUGGAAAGUAAUGAUCUAGGCAUGAUAGCUAGUAGCAGCGGAGGUAGUGGUGGUGGUAGCAUGAGUUCGCGGUACCGAGGUCCAUAUUCUCGGUUUGUGUCUCAGACAUCUUGUCAGGCUAAACCGGUAAUAGUAGAAGCAGUAGCAGUAGCAGCUGGUAGCAAUGAUCUUGCUGAUGGCUCAGAUACAGAUGCGAUUACAUCUGUGUCUUUGCCAAAUGUUCUAGGUGAUGAUUUGCAAUUAGUUCGUCGUGAAUUUGAAGUUAAAUGUGAAUGUCCACCAAAAUCUGCAUCAGGUGACAAUUUUCUUGAACUUCAUCAACCACCACAUGAUUAUGAUAAUACUAGCGAAGGUUCAUAUAAAUUAUCCGAUAAUGAGCAACGGUCGGCUCAUUCUGACAUUCAGACUUGUUCUAGCCCAGCAACUAAUUCUGUUUAUGCCACCACAUUCACAGCAAAACGUGUAGGAGAUGUGAUAAUUAAAAAAGUGGUUUCCAAUAGUCGUUCUACGCCAAAUACUACUGAUGAUGAAGACAUAAGUGCUGAAAGAAGGUUAGAUAAUGCAAGACGAAGAGCUGAAUCGGUACAAAGUAGACACAGUACCUCUGGCAGGUACUACCACGAACCUUCAGUGAGUACUCAAGCUGAAAGAAAUGCAACCUUGCAACGACGAAUUUACGCUGAAAAAAGGUGCCCCUCAUCUGCACCAUCCUCAUAUGCAGAAUAUCCAUUGCACCGAAAACUGGUACCAAUUGAGAUCGAUGGUCCUAAUGUAAAUUUGCAGGAGCUCAAGAAAUUGAACAAUCAAAGGGAAGCAAUGGGCAUGUCAAAAGCAUCUCUAACAGCUGCCACACCACCCACACCACUGCGUGCAACAAAUAAAUUUGAGACUAAUGUUUGGCCUAUUGCUGCUACUGAUUCCAAUUCAUUUUCUAUUGAUGCAAGAUCCAAUAAUUCAAAUAUUGUUUACACUUCAAAAGGUACCAUACUGCAAAAGCCAAAGAUCAUUCCAGAUGAAGAAGAUAGUGCUGGAGAAAACGUUUACAGUAAUGUUAGUUUAACUCAUGCCUCAGAUGUCGGUCAAAGUCACAUGACCCUCGCGCAGUCCCAUAAAAUUCCUAGAACACACGGAGCGGUUGGACCACUGCCUGGAAAAAUAAUAACAAAGCAGAAUUUGGUAGUUACUCCUGAUGGCUAUGGAGAGCGUAAACCAAAACCAGUCGUGCCUCCAAAACCUAAGAAUUUGACGAAUAACUCGGAAUCCGAUCUCAAAACGGUAAUUUCAGCUUCCAGCACAGCGGAACCAAAAUCUGUCCAUCCAGUAGUAAAUCUUCAAGAAAACGAAAUAAUCCAUUCAUCGACAGUACCAGAAUUAAACCGUCCUGCUCUGAUUUCAGUACAAAGUGAAGAUCAUCCAGAAAUUCAAAAGUGUCAUUUAUUUAACAGCGAUAUCCCAUAUGUACUUACCAUGCGUAAUAUAUCUAGCGAAGCAAAUGCUGAAGGCUCGUUUUCUACUUUCAAAAAUACUAGUGAGAAAAGUAAACUUUCAGAAACCUUAACUAAUACCAUUAGAAGUUCUAGCUUACGUAGAUCACUCUCAGGUCCACGUAGUCCAGACAGUUUCAGAAGACGCAAAUCUUUGGAUCUAGUGCCCAAAAAGCGGCUUCCGUCACCAAGCAAUUUUUCAUCGCAAGAUCACUCACUGUCGCCAACUACACCAGAAUCUGGUGAUGUUUUGGAGUACUUACUGCGAAGGCGAAACGUAGAAAAAUCUGCAAUAGCAAAACGUGGACGCCGUGGAGAUGCACGUAGGCAAACGCAACCCGUACGUUUCAAUAUUCCUCCAAGUCCAGAACCGGAAAAGCAGCAAAUUAGCGCUGUAUCUCAGCCGAUUUUGAGUAAUGAUAAUAGUGAAAAGGAAGAAGUGGAAGGUGAUGUCAGGCAUAAAACAGUUAAUGGAAGUUCAGCUACAGCCAGGAUGAGUGAAAAAACGGAUUCCUGUGGAAAAUUGAUAGAAAAUGCUGAAAUUCAGAAAGAUCCAUCGAAAAAUAUUAAUGAUGGAACGAUCAUCAGUGGCAACCUGACAGAUCUCAAUCAUUCAGAUGACUUUCCACCACCACCACUUCAUCCCCUUCCACCCCCUCCACCACCUCCACUUCUCCCAGCUAGUCUGAGACCAUUUACAUCUUCUAAUGCUCCAGAUAUCAUCAACGAAGUUUGCUUGAAGGAAAGCACAGAAACGCUGCCUUACGUGGAUGAGUCUGCAUCAUCUCGAGCUUCUUUUGCUUCUAAGGAUGAAAACACUGAUAAAACUCCUCCAGUUUCUUCUGCCUCAUCAACGCAGCGAACAUCUACUGGAGUUCUGUGGACAGAUUUUUAA